GGUUGGCAGCUUGUGACCACAUUCUCUUUCGUGUGGUAUGAAAACUCUGCACAAACCAGGCUGCCCAGCCAACGCAAGAUAACAACAACAUCAUGUCGGCGGACACCGAGCCAGAUCCUAAAGUGUUUGUGAACCCUCCUCCCCCUGAGGUGACCAAUCCCAACAAGCCUGGCCGACUGACCAACCAACUGCGGUACAUGCAGAAAGUGGUGGUCAAAGCGCUGUGGCGGCACCAGUUCGCUUGGCCUUUCUACCAGCCAGUUGAUGCAGUUGGUCUUGGACUUUCAGAUUAUCACGAGGUAAUAACAUCUCCCAUGGAUUUGGGCACCAUUAAAAAACGACUGGAGAAUAACUACUACAGGAGUUCAAGCGAAUGCCUGCAGGACUUCAACACUAUGUUCACCAACUGUUACAUAUAUAACAAGCCUACAGAUGACAUUGUGUUGAUGGCUCUCGCUUUGGAAAAGAUUUUCUUGCAAAAAGUUUCCCAGAUGCCUCAGAAAGAAGAGGAGAUUAUUCAGCCUGCAGGGAGAGGGAGAGGCAAAAACAUCACCCCUUCAGGUAAAAGGAUGAGAGGUGACAGUGUGACCAAAACAAUCAGUCCUCUAAGCAGAAACUUUGAAAAAAAGGAGGAGCCACAAAAAACCGUAGAGGUGGGAGGUCUGAAGGAACAGCUGAAGUACUGCAGCGACAUCUUAAAGGAAUUGUUGUCGAAAAAACAUUCAGCGUAUGCGUGGCCGUUCUACGAGCCCGUCGACGCCAAAGCUCUGGGACUACAUGAUUACCACAACAUCAUCAAAAACCCCAUGGAUCUCGGCACUGUGAAAAAAAAGAUGGAUGGAGGAGAAUACCAGGAUGAACAUCAAUUUGCUGCAGAUGUCCGCUUAAUUUUUUCCAAUUGCUACAAGUAUAACCCCUCACACCACACUGUUGUGGGCAUGGCCAGAAAGCUUCAGGGAGUGUUUGAGCAGAAGUUUGCAAAGAUGCCAGAAGAACACAUAGAGGUUAUUGCUCCUGGAAGCACCAUCAAGCAGAUUCACAGGUCUGAGUUACGUGAGGAAACCCAGGUUACUCAGGUACAAGAACAGGUAAAGACUAAUGAAGAGCUUGGAGUGAACCUUGAAGACCCUGUUAGUAUUUCCAAACCAAGGAAUGAGAACGACGACAGAGAGAAUGUCAGGGACCUUCCCAAACGGACUUCAACCUUCACCGAUAGGCAUUCAAUGAACCGGGACAAUGAUCGGGAUUCGGGUGACAAAUCCUUGCCAAUGACGUAUCAGGAAAAACAUCAGCUGAGCCUCGACAUUAACCGUCUCCCUGGCAUGAAGCUGGCCCAAGUGGUGAAAAUCAUUGAAACACUGGAGCCCACCAGUUGCAAUUCUGACAUAGAUGAGGUAGAGAUUGACUUUGAGAUAUUGAAGCCAUCUACUCUGCGACAGCUUGAACAAUAUGUCAGAUCCUGCCUGUUCAAGAAGUUCAAAAGAUACCAAAGAAAAUCCUCCCGAAGUACCUCUAAGUACAUCAGCACAAGCAGCAGUUUAUCGGAUUCUGACACAAGUAACUCCACUGACUCCAGUUCAGAAGACCACUGACUUAAUCCUUGUUGCGCAUUUAUUAUUCUUUUUGUGUAAAGUGCUCAAACAUGAUCUUGAAAAGUUUUUUUUUAAUGACUGCCUAACUGGUUUUUUUUAUUUUUGUAAAAAUAUUUUUCCAAAAAAUUAAGAAAUUAAAAAUAUAUGAAUGUUUUAGAUCUACUUUAUAGAAAUGUAAUGUUAAAGUCUAUCUAUGCUUUAACCAUAGAUUAUAUACACUAGAACAAAGUUGUCUGUAGUUCAAGUUUAACUCAACCCAGA